AUGGCGAGUUCCUUUCCCACCCCGACCCUCUUGACGCCCAAGCUGUCCCUGCCACCGCUCGGUCCUUCGCGCCGCAACGCUGCCGCUGCGGCUGCCCCGUGGCCGCAUCGUGGGCGGAUCACCGCGACUACAGGAGGCGAUGCUGCCGCAGCAGUAGCGACGACAGAGGAGGAAGCAAAGGCCAGGAAGGAGAGGAGGAAACGAUGCCUGAGGUGCGGCGUCCUGUACCUGGACGAGGAGAACUCCCCUGCUGCCUGUGCCUUCCAUGGCCACAUCACCGGUGAGAAGGGGCUGUUUUCGCUGUCGCCGCCGCACCAGGGGGUCGACGGCGAGUGGAACGACAAGAGCGGGGUCAUUGUCUACAGGUGGAACGAGCAUGGCGACCGCCCCAACACCGGCCGUGCCAACUGGAAGGGAAGGUGGAGCUGCUGCCAGGAGCGGGACGAGGAAGCGCCGCCGUGCCGCCGUGGGUACCACGUCUCCUACGACGAUGGCUUCACUCUCUUCUAG